GUCUCGACAACAUCCUGGACUCGGUUCACCAAGACCACACCACCAUUCCCACGAGACGGUCGCUCCUCCAAUUGCUUGAUCCCAAGAUGGCGUCCGAUUCUUCAGUCACCACUGCCAGGCAGGCCACUCGCGAGGAGAUGCGCGAUGCCAAACUUCCCUUGGCCUACCGCGACAGCUGUGCCCACCUCCUCAUUCCGCUGAACCGGUGUCGCUACGAUACUUACUACCUUCCGUGGAAGUGUGAGGACGAGCGACACACAUACGAAAAGUGCCAGUACGUCGAGUUCAAGAAGCGCGUCGCCAAGAUGGACGAGUUGAGGGCGGCCAAGGGUGGAGCGCGGAGCAACUGAUUUCGAUUGAGAAGGAAACGGCACGAGCAAAACGAGCAAGGGCACGGAACACAGGACGCACGACGGAGACACAGCACAGCGCGAGGAAAACAGGAUCGCGAGACCACACCCCGUCCUGUACAUAUUCUAGAGACGGGCACGAUAAUGAAAAGGAUCAAGGAACAUGCGCAAGUUUACGAGUUCCAGCUGCUCCCGAGACCA